AUGUUCUUCACAGGAAAUAGACAAGUCCUGAUUGAAGGUGGAUCAGGUACAGCAGAGCAACAGCAACAACAACUUCAACAACAACAAAUACAUCAACAACAACUACAACAUCAACAACAACUACAACAGCAACAACAACAUGUUAAUUCAAUGAUGCAACAACAACAACAACAACCUCCUCCAUCAUCACCUUAUGGUGUGCCACAACCUGAUCUUUCAAUGAUGCAACCACCUGGCAUGCGUCAACAGCCUGGCAUGCCUAGACUACCAAUGAUGCAACCUCCUCCAUUCCCCAUGCGUAUGCCAAUGCAUAUGAUGCCACCUCCUCCACAUCAUCCACAUGCCGCAGCCUACUCAAUGGGUAUGGGUCCACCAAUGAUGCCAAUGCCAAUGGACCCAUAUACACAAUCAAUGAUGCAACAACAACAGCAGCAGCAGCAACAGCAACAGCAACAGCAACAGUCACAACAACAACAACAAUCUAUUCAAUCAAUCAACUUGGCAAGCAGUGAUCGUAUACAAGUACAACAGACUACAGCACAACAUCACCAUGACUCUAGUAGCAUCAUUAGUAAUAAUAAUGACUCUUCAUCGAGUGGAGGCAACAACAAGAGAGGAGGCAAACAACCAGCACCAAGUCUGUCUGAUAUAUUUGAUGAUCUUGCAAGUCGAUUCGUCAUCAAUAUACCCUCUGAAGAGCUAGAGUCAUUCGAACGUCUACUAUUCCAAAUUGAAGCGGCAGCAUGGUUCUACGAGGACUUUUGUCGCGAGGAGCAUCCAUCCCUCCCAAAGUACUCCCUCUCAGAGUUUACAAAGAACUUCUUCCAACAUUGUCCAUUCUUACAACCUCACAAGAAUCAGGUGGAGGAGAUAUUAAAGAAGUUCUCAGAGUACAAGACUAGGGUACCAGUGUUUGGCGCGAUAAUACUCAAUGAGAACUUGGACAAGGCAUUGUUUGUCAAAGGAUUCAACUCUUCAAGUUGGGGCUUUCCCAAGGGUAAAGUGAACAAGGAUGAGCCAGAUGAGGACUGUGCAGUACGUGAGGUACUGGAAGAGACUGGAUUUGACAUUGGACCAUAUCUCAAUCCAAGACACUAUAUUGAGAUCAUCAUCAAGGAACAAAAGAUCAAGCUAUUCAUCAUCUGUGGUAUAUCAGAGGAUACAUCAUUCAUUCCAAGGACAAGGAAGGAGAUUAGUAAAAUCGAUUGGUUCCUAAUUGAAGACUUGCCAACAACCUUCAUCAAGAAGAACCCUCUUGGACAGCCACAACAACAACCACAACAGACUGGUACUCUCAAGGAUAAGUACUUCUUUAGGUCCAUUCCAUUCUUUAUCAAACUAAAGAAAUGGAUAGCCACAAGAAAGUUAAAGAGAAACAAGGCCAGAGGAGGAGAUGAUACAAUGAUGUCUCCAGCACAGACAACACCAAAGGUACAAAGGAAUAUGCUUGGAGGUGGCUCCACCAGUAUGAACUCUCCACAUGGAGGUUAUCCAAGAUCACCUCCAGUGUCACCAAGAGCACAUGGUAAAUCAUUGGAAGCAUUAUACAACACAUCUUCAAUGACACCAAAUAGGACUCCAACCUCUACACAUCGUAGUACUACUAGUAGUAGCAGUAGUAGUGGUAAUAGUGGAACGACAACUAUACGGACAUCAUCAUCGGCAGCAGCAUUAGAACAACAACAAUCACUAUAUCCACCACUACCAGCCAAUUACAAACCAUUGUUCAAGGUUGAGUUUAACAAACAAGAGAUGGUCCAAUGCUUCAACAGUUAA